AUGGCUCCCCUCUUCCCCCACCUCCAUCUUACAGUCCCAGUCCUGGCUACUGGGACCAAGGGUGUGUCUACCCACCAGCCAGCAUGUGUCAAGGCCCUGGCUUCCCUCCAGCUGGGAUGCCCACCACAAUACCGACUCUGUGUGCUGGACUGCCUGCCUCCAACCCAGGUUCUGAGCGAGUGGCACAGUCUUGAAGUAAUCACACCCUGCAAUAAAUUUAGAUUAGGUGUAAUAAGGAUAAAUUACCACUUGACUAUUCCCAAUUCUGCAGGAGAGAUGGACGAUUUUUUCAGCACCCAGUGGGAAAGCACAUCUGUUCGGCAUGCCUUCAUUAGAAAGGUUUACUUAAUUUUAUCCGCACAGCUUGCCGUCACCUUCUCAGUUGUUGCUGUCUUUACAUUUGUUGACCCAGUAAGGAUGUUUGUCAUUCAAUACCCUGGUAUCUACUGGGCAUCUUUUGUGGUUUAUUUUGUGGUUUACUGCAUUCUCAUCUGCUGCAAAGAGCCAAGGAGGCGUUUUCCAUGGAAUCUUGUGCUGCUUGGAGUAUUUACUCUUGCCUUGUCUUACAUGGCUGGAGCAAUUUCGAGCUAUUAUGAAACCAAAGCAGUGUUUAUCGCCAUGGGAGUAACAGCAUUAGUCUGUGUGGCUGUGACAGUCUUCUGCUUCCAAACCAAGGUGGACUUCACCUCCUGCGGGGGAUUCAUCUGUAUUGCGGCUGUUCUGCUCAUGAUCAUUGGGAUUGUUACAGCCAUCGUCCUCAGCUUCCAAUAUGUCCCCUGGCUGCAUAUGCUCUACGCUGCAAUUGGAGCCAUCGUUUACACUCUGUUUUUAACGUACAACACCCAGCUUCUCAUUGGAAAUCGGGAGUUGGCCAUCAGCCCAGAGGAGUACGUCUAUGGAGCACUUUCUCUUUAUGUUGAUAUUGUUCACAUCUUCCUGUUCAUCCUUCAAGUCAGUGGAGCUGCGACUGAAUAAACCAGUGAUUGUCAAGAGUUUGGACUUAGUGUAUACUGUAUUUGCUGAUAGACAUUAAGCAAACUGUGUAUACGUGUGUAAAUCAGAAUGGUUAUUACUUAUUUUCUACAUCAGUAACACUCGAGCACUUUGUUGGACUGUAUGUAGCAGGACUGCAGCUGCAAAGCUUGCACUUACCAAGUGUGAAUGAAGAGUCACUUAAGCUUUGCACAUUUAUAUAGUUCUAAGUUAAUAUGAAUAUUUAAUAUGUGCAUGUUAAAGAGUGUAGUAGUCUCAACUAUUACUUCUACUGAACCUCCUUAAGUGAUUCUGCCUCAAAAAAAGGGGACCAAAGUCAUUUACAGAUUA